CUUUCUUUUUUGUCACAUUUACAGACAUUAAUCUCAAGGAAGGAGGCUCAGUUUCCGAUGUUUGUCAAGAUAAUUCUUAUCUUAGAGUUAUGAUAGCUAGGUUGAUUAGUAUCCAUUGUAUAUAUGUUGAAAAAGAAUUACCCCUAUGUGUUUUACUGAACUACUAUAUCAACACAGUUCGUAUUGUGAAAUGGAAACUGCUCAACGCCACAAGCUGAAAAUGAAAUAAUCCAAAUAAAUUGACUAUUUAGUAGUAUUAGAAUAUAGGAAAUUAGUCUUGUCUAGUAGAAGCAGGGAGCAUUAAAAAGCAGGGCAACACUUGUCGAGCGCCGAGAUACGUGAGCAAUGACGCUAUGCUUCAUCACACACUGACACACACGCACAUACACACAUAUCAUUAUAUAUAUAUAUACACACGCGCACACACUACUCAUUACAUACUUCCCUGAUUGAUGAUUUUGAUUCGUAUGCAGCCAACGGCUUGUACAUUCAAGCCCGUCGCCGCUUGCAGCUUCACCGCACAAUCUUUACCAUUAACAAGACUUAAUUGUUAAAUCUUGAAUUUAAAUUACUUUUGUUAUGUGAAAACAUCAUUAAUAUAUAUAAUUAUAUAUGUUCCUCCCUACUCGGGAGGAGUAACAACUGCUUCGUCGACAGUUCCGAAGCCGGUGGAGUUGUCUGGAAGGGAGAGAUGGGGAAUCUGUGGAGUGUGUUUUGUGGGGAAUCCGACUGUGCAGGCGGAGACGGAGCAUCUUGUGCUGCAGAUUUGAGUUUUGUGACGCAACCGUCUUCUUGCAUCAAUCAUGUCUUGAUAAUUUGUUUUGAUGUCCUGCUCUUGGUCAUGUUCUUCUUCACCAUAUUUUUCAAGAAACCAUUCAAGUCUUCGAGCGUGGCUGCAUCUUUUCGUAGCAUUUCAAGUUUGCAGCUAGCAACAGCAAUUUAUAAUGGUUUUCUGGGAUUGGCCUAUUUAUCUUUCGGAGUCUGGAUUUUGGAAGAGAAGCUGCGAAAAUCGUAUUCUGUUUUGCCCCUGCAUUGGUGGAUGCUAUACAUGUUUCACGGAUUAGUAUGGCUGCUGCUGGGGUUAACUGUCAGUCUCAAGGGGCAGCGUUUUUCAAGAGCUCCUUUGAGGCUUUUAUCCGUUCUCGUGUUCCUUUUUGCUGGAAUCACAUGUGGAUUAUCGGUUUUCACUGCCAUUCUUCGUAAAGAGAUGUCAGUUAAGAUAAUUUUGGACAUAUUAUCGUUUGUUGGGUCGAGUAUGUUGAUCUUAUGCGUAUACAAAGGUUACAGAUAUCAAGAGGAUGAUGACGAGAGUGGUGUUUGUGAUCCGUUGCUCGGUGUUGCCAAUGGGAGCAGUAAAACGUCGUCUGAUGGAGAGGUGACGCCCUUUGCAGAAGCAGGAAUUUUGAGCAAUCUUACCUUUUGGUGGUUGAAUCCAUUGAUGAAGAGAGGGAAAGAGAAAACUCUUGAGGAUGAAGAUAUGCCCAAGCUGCGUGAGGAUGACCGGGCAGAGUCGUGCUACUUUCUAUUUAUAGAGAUAUAUAACAAGCAGAAAGAAUCUAGUGUUUCCAGCCCUCCCUCCAUCUGGAAGAUCAUUCUGCUGUGCCACUGGAAAGAGAUCCUCGUGUCGGGGUUAUUUGCGGGCUUGAAGGUGAUCGCCGUCUCUGCUGGCCCCGUGCUGCUCAAAGCCUUUAUCAAUGUUGCAGAAGGCAAUGCUAGCUCCGAAUACGAGAAAUACGUGCUGGUCGCAACACUUUUCCUAACGAAGAUCACUGAAUCCGUAGCACAACGACAGUGGUACUUUAGAUCAAGGCUAAUCGGUCUUAAGCUGAGAUCACUACUCACUGCAGCCGUUUACCAGAAACAACUGAAAUUAUCGAACGCUGCUCGACUGGUUCAUUCGAGUGGUGAGAUAAUGAGCUAUGUAACUGUUGAUGCUUACAGAAUCGGAGAAUUCCCUUUCUGGUUCCAUCAGAUAUGGACGACAUCUCUCCAACUCUGCCUCGCGGUCAUCAUCCUCUUCGAUGCUGUCGGACUAGCAACGAUUGCAUCCAUAGUGGUCAUAGUUCUAACUGUUCUCUGCAACAUGCCUCUUGCAAAGUUGCAGCAUAAGUUCCAGUCGAGGAUCAUGGUGGCGCAGGACGGAAGGUUGAAGGCCAUGAGCGAGGCUCUUGUGAAUAUGAAGGUGCUGAAAUUAUACGCUUGGGAGACUCAUUUCAGGCACGUCGUAGAGAAUCUGAGAAGGAUCGAAGAUAAAUGCCUGUCGGCUGUUCAGCUGCGUAAAGCAUACAAUUCCUACCUUUUCUGGUCUUCUCCUGUAUUAGUCUCUGCAGCUACCUUCGGUGCAUGCUAUGUCAUUGGGGUUCCGUUGUCUUCUAGCAAUGUCUUCACUUUUGUGGCGACACUACGCCUCGUUCAGGAUCCUAUCAGAACGAUUCCUGAUGUUCUUGCAGUGUUCAUUCAAGCUAAGGUUGCAUUUACCAGGAUAGUGAAGUUUCUCGAGGCGCCUGAGCUGGAAACUGCAAACGUCCGGGCAAAGUCGCAAGUAGAUGGUAAAGCAUCCAGUGUUUGUUUUAAGUCGGCUGAUCUGUCGUGGGAUGAGGAUCCGUUGAAGCCAACACUUCGUAAUAUCAAUUUGGAAGUUAAACAUGGUGACAAGAUUGCUAUUUGUGGAGAAGUGGGUUCCGGCAAGUCCACCCUUCUUGCUGCAGUUCUUAGAGAGGUUCCAAUAACCCGAGGAACGGUUCAAGUACAAGGAUCCAUUGCCUAUGUCUCACAAUCAGCAUGGAUACAGACAGGGAGUAUCCGAGACAACAUUCUUUUCGGGUCAGCCUUGGACAGCAAGAGAUAUCAAGAUACGCUGGAGAGAUGUUCGCUCUCGAAGGAUCUUGAGCUGCUACCUUAUGGUGAUCUCACUGAGAUAGGGGAGAGAGGCAUUAAUCUUAGUGGUGGUCAGAAGCAGCGGAUUCAACUUGCUCGAGCUCUCUACAAGAAUGCCGAUGUAUAUCUCUUGGAUGACCCCUUUAGCGCUGUUGAUGCACACACGGCCACAAGCCUGUUUAACGAAUACAUCGUGGGUGCCCUCUCGGGGAAGACAGUUUUACUGGUGACUCAUCAAGUUGAUUUUCUUCCAGCUUUUGAUUCUGUGUUGUUGAUGUCGGAUGGUGAGAUUUUGUGUGCGGCUCCAUAUUCUCAAUUGCUGGACUCGAGCAAAGAAUUUCAGGAUCUUAUUCAUGCUCACAGAGAGACUGCUGGUUCUGAAGGGCUCUCGGAGAUGACUGAGACCCGAACGAGUGCAGCUUCCUUAAAAGAGAUUCGUAAGAGUUACACUGAGCAGAACGUGCCAGCAGCCGGGGUUGAUCAGUUGAUAAAAAAAGAAGAGAGGGAGAUCGGAGAUACUGGAUUUAAGCCGUAUAUCCUGUAUCUAAAGCAGAACAAGGGAUUCUUGACGUUCAGCGUGGCUACUCUCUGUCACAUAGCGUUUGUUGUUGGUCAGAUACUACAGAAUUCUUGGAUGGCAGCAAAUGUUGAUGAUCCGAAUGUCGACAGCUUGAGAUUGAUCCUCGUAUAUUUGAUCAUCGGGGUCGUAUCAACACUGUUUCUUCUCUGUAGAACACUAACCACUGUUGCUAUGGGCCUGCAGUCGUCAAGAGCAUUGUUUUCGCAGCUGCUAAUAUCAUUGUUCCGUGCACCAAUGUCGUUUUAUGACUCUACGCCAUUGGGACGAAUACUGAGCCGGGUCUCUGCUGAUUUGAGUAUCGUUGAUCUCGAUCUCCCCUUCAACUUGAUAUUCACAGUUGGAUCGACUACGAAUUGUUAUGCUAACCUUGCUGUUUUGGCCAUUAUAACAUGGCAAGUUUUGUUUGUUUCCAUACCAAUGAUCAUUCUGGCUAUUCGACUACAGAGCUACUACUACUGCUCUGCGAAAGAGCUGAUGAGGAUCAAUGGAACCACAAAAUCUCUUGUAGCUAACCAUCUUGCUGAAUCUGUAGCUGGAGUCACUACGAUACGAGCUUUUAACGAGGAAGAUAGGUUUUUUGCAAAGAAUCUUCAACUGAUCGACACGAAUGGCAGUCCUUACUUCAACUAUUUUUCAGCAAAUGAGUGGUUGAUUCAAAGGCUGGAAACCAUUAGUGCAACAGUUCUUUCCUUUGCAGGACUUUGUAUGGUUUUACUUCCGACUGGAACUUUCAGCUCUGGAUUCAUUGGAAUGGCUUUGUCAUAUGGUCUGUCACUAAACAUGUCCCUGGUUUUCUCCAUUAAUAACCAGUGUAUGUUGUCCAACUACAUAAUUUCUGUCGAAAGACUCGACCAGUAUAUGCACAUACCGAGUGAGGCCCCGGAAGUGAUAGAAGAGAGUCGACCACCAACCACGUGGCCAAGUGAGGGUAGAGUAGAGAUUCAAGACCUGCAGAUCAGAUAUAGAGCAGAUGCACCACUUGUUUUACGUGGGAUUAGCUGCACGUUCGAGGGAGGACAUAAAAUUGGCAUUGUUGGUCGAACUGGCAGUGGGAAAACUACUCUAAUCAGUGCCCUCUUUCGUCUGGUGGAGCCAGUGGGAGGGAAGAUCGUGGUAGAUGGAGUCGACAUCUCCACCAUUGGGCUUCAUGACCUAAGGUCUCACUUUGGGAUCAUACCUCAAGACCCUACUCUUUUCACUGGAACUGUGAGAUUCAAUUUGGAUCCAUUGGGCCAGCACAGUGACAUGGAGAUAUGGGAGAUUCUAGGGAAAUGUCAGCUCAAAGAGGUUGUUCAGGAGAAAGAAGAGGGGUUAAAUGCAUCUGUUGUGGAAGAUGGAUCCAACUGGAGUAUGGGGCAGCGUCAGUUGUUCUGUUUGGGGCGUGCCUUAUUGAGACGGAGCAAGGUUUUGGUUCUAGACGAAGCAACUGCUUCGAUUGACAAUGCAACUGACACGAUCUUGCAGAAAACUAUAAGGACGGAGUUUGCAGAUUGCACGGUCAUCACGGUGGCUCACAGAAUACCCACAGUGAUGGACUCCACGAAGGUUCUCGCCAUCAGUGAUGGUAAGUUGGUGGAGUAUGAUGAACCGAUGAAGCUGAUGAAGAGAGAAGAUUCAUUGUUUGCUCAGCUUGUGAAGGAAUAUUGGUCGCAUAAUCAGGCUGCACAAUCGCAAUAAAUCCAACUGAUUAAUUUGUUCAUGAUUAUGAAUCAAAAUGAUCCAACUUUAAUCCUGACAUGUAAUCAAGUAUUAGAAUAUGUAGAACUUGAGCUUUUGCGGAAUGAAGUCUUUGAGUAAA